AAAAUGAAAAUCAAAGAAUUAAUUUCAUUAUUUAUAAUUUUAGCAUUAUGCAUAACUUUAUCAUCCAGUAGAUAUAAUGAUAAUGACAAAGAAGAUAGAUAUCAUGGAAGAAGACAUCAUUAUGAUGACGGUGAUACCAUAGAGGUAGUAGUAAAAGUUAAAAUACCAAAUAAGCACAAUCACCAUAAUCAUCACCACAAUUAUAUUGAACUUGAUGAUAUUCAAGAUGAAAAAUGCAACAGAUGUAAAUAUUAUGACAAUACUAAUUUACAACAACAAAAAAUGCAACAACAACAAGAAGAAGAUCAGGAUCAAGAAGAAGAAUACUAUCAAGAAGAAGAGAAAGAGCAAGAUGAAUAUAAUACCGAUCAAGAUAAAAUAAAAAAAAACCAUCAUUUUAAUCGUUAUCAUCGUCGUGAUGUUUGUGGAUGUUUUAUAGGUUAUUAUGGUAAAGAAUGCAGAAAAAGAGAACUUAAUUAUCAAAAAAUGUUUAUUGAUUGGUCCAAUCAAUUUAAUAAAACUUAUUCAGCAGAUAGAUUUUAUAAAGUUUAUGAAAAUUUCAAAGAUUCAAGUAGAUUUGUUCAAGAGUAUAAUAAAAACAAUGAAACAACAAUGGAACUUGGUUUAACUCAAUUUUCAGAUAUGACACAUGAAGAAUUUCAACAUACCUAUUUAAGUGUUUUAGAUACUAGUGAACUUGAUGAAUCACUUUGGAACCAAACCGAAACUGAAACACCAAUUCCAACUGAAACACCAUCACCAACACCAACAACAGGUCCAUGUAGUGCUAAAAUUGAACAAACUAUCGAAACUUCAUGGGUUAGUGGUCAAACCGAUGAUUAUAUUCAAGUUAAGGUGACCAUUACAAAUGAUGGAGCAUUAUUAAUCAAUGAUUUUAACUUUUAUUUACAAGUUCAACAAAUUUGGGAAGUUUCAACCAUUGGUGAGAAUAAAUAUGGAUUACCAUCAUGGAUAUCAUCUAUUCCAAUAGGCGAAUCGAUUAGAUUUGGAUAUAUAAUGAAAUCUUCAGUCUUGGUAGAUUUACAACAAGUCAACUAUACUUAUACUAGUGAACUUGAUGAAUCACUUUGGAAUCAAACUGAAACUGAAACACCAAUUCCAACUGAAACACCAACACCAACACCAACAACAGGUCCAUGUAGUGCUAAAAUUGAACAAACUAUCGAAACUUCAUGGGUUAGUGGUCAAACUGAUGAUUAUAUUCAAGUUAAGGUGACCAUUACAAAUGAUGGAGCAUUAUUAAUCAAUGAUUUCAACUUUUAUUUACAAGCUCAACAAAUUUGGGAAGUUUCAACCAUUGGUGAAAAUAAAUAUGGAUUACCAUCAUGGAUAUCAUCUAUUCCAAUAGGCGGAUCAAUUAGAUUUGGAUAUAUAAUGAAAUCUUCAGUCUUGGUAGAUUUACAACAAGUCAACUAUACUUGUUAUCAUUCUAAUCAAACCGAGACCCCAACAAACAAACCAGGCUUAUUAAAAAGUUAUCAAAGACCAUAUAGUAUUGAUUGGAGAGAUCGGGGAAUUGGUAAAAACGUUAAAAAUCAAGGAGAAUGCGGAUCAUGCUAUGCUUUCUCUGCUAUUGGCACACUUGAGGCACAUUAUAAAAAUAAAAACGGAAUGGAUGAAGAGUUUUCAGAACAACAAAUUGUUGAUUGUACAGGUACUUAUAAUAACGGUGGUUGUAGUGGUGGUUGGAUGCAUAAUGCUUUUAAAUAUAUAGUGGAAAAUGGUAUAAAAAGGGCUAUAGAUUAUCCAUAUGAGGGAAGACUUUAUAAAUGUCGUGCUUUAUUUAAAAAUUAUUCACCAAUAUCUUCUUAUUCCAUGAUUAAACAGCAUGAUGAAAAUCAUUUAGCUGAUGUUGUUAGCUUAUUUGGACCAGUUGCAGUUGCCUAUGACGCAUCUACUCCAGAAUUCAAGUAUUAUAAGAGUGGCAUUUACGAUAGUGCUAGUUGUGAUAAAUAUAGAACAACACAUGCAGUUGUAGUUCUUGGAUAUGGCACAGAAAAGGGUGUUGAUUAUUGGAUUAUUAAAAAUAGUUGGGUAAGUGGUAUUAUUAUUAUCUAUUAUCUAUUAUAUAUUAUUAUUAAUACUAAUUAUGUUUAUAUUUUAAAAUUGGCCAUAAUAGGGUUCUGGUUGGGGCGAGAGUGGUAUGUGUUUUUUUUUUAA